AUGACAUCCUGGGUUUCAACAUCCUAUAACUUCUUCGUGCUCUCCACGACAGAUAUCUCCUACUCAGUUCAAUACUGCUCUCCAUCAAGAUUCAUCCAAGGACACUCCGUUACCUGCUUUUGCGUCGAGGUUAUGACCGUUCUACCUGCGCUAUUCAGCAAAAUCUUUUCCUUACACCAACAGUAUCCACAACUGAAGUCUCGCGGAAAUUGGAACUGGGAUAUUGUUGAUCACUGGAUCGACGACUUACUCGGAAAUCAUGAUUCAGUGAAUAAGUUGGUCCUAUUUUCACCGGCGGAUGCCGAGAACGUGGCAAUUAACCAACAAAUUGAAGAACCCCUGAAACUCCUCAACUUUCGUCGUCCCACCCGAAGGAAAUGA